AUGUUGGGCCAUGAAGGUGGCAAGAAGCCCCUGAAACAACCCAAGAAGCAGAACAAGGAGAUGGAUGAGGAAGAUAAGGCUUUCAAGCAGAAACAGAAGGAAGAACAAAAGAAACUGGAGGAGCUAAAGGCGAAGGCCACGGGGAAGGGGCCCCUGGCCACAGGUGGAAUUAAGAAAUCUGGCAAAAAGUAAGCUGUUCUUGGUGGCUGAGGCAAUGGUGACCCUUGAUUCUGUUCCUGUGUAAACAUCUGGAUUCCCUGCUAGAACAUUUGUUGCCACUUAUAGUUAGAAUGAAGUGUUGUCUUGGAGCCUGUUGUACAUUAAGAAUAAACUUUUGUAAAAAAGAAGAAAAAUCACACAAUGUUUAGUUCUUCUCACUCAGCCAUUUCUAUCUUAGCUGUGAGGUCAGAGUGAACCCAGUACAGAACCUGCCAGAGCUGCUCCUCAGUCUUUGUGAUGCCCAGCAUUCUGUACCAUCUGGAAUUAAAGCAACUCAUUUGAAAAA